GAGACUGAAAGUCGAGGGUUAAGUUUGGCGUUGUAUAUAAGCAAUGUUAACCACGAGAAAAUUGAUUUACUAUUCCUUGAAUUAUUAAAAUUUACUGUUGAAAUCGAAACUAAAGAAUUGUAAUUUUCUGUGUCAGUGCUAUUGUACUUGUAUAUCAAUUCCAAUUCAGUGACGUCUGAUUCUAGUUAAAGAUAACGGUAAUAACAACUUUUUCUGAUAAGAUUAGGUAUCUUAUCGUUGAAACACAUAAUUAUCCUCACUAUUGUACAUUUUCAAACUUUCCAUCCUCACUUAGUUUUUUAUUAAUAUUAUUUUCAUGUGAAAUAAAUAACAAACAAAAUGGAUUGUUUUACUCUGGUUGGACUUUUUGUUAUACUGUAUCUGUUUGUGUAUCUACUUGUUUUUAUCAAUAGCAGACUGCGAUUUUGGAAUGGUGUUAGCAGAAAAAUUUGGUAAAAAAAUAGGAGUUUUACGAGGGAAAGUGAUAUGGAUAACUGGAGCAUCAAGUGGUAUUGGAGCAAGUUUGGCCGAGGUACUGGCAGCAAAUGGUGCCAAAUUAGUCAUUUCUGCAAGGAAUGCUGGAAACUUAAGCAAGGUUAAGCAGAAAUGUAUAGCUGCUGGUUUACCAGCCACGGAUGUGCUCAUACUCCCUAUGGAUGUCUUGGAGAUUCAGAAACAUGAACAGUACUUUCAACAAGUUAUUGCUCAUUAUGGACAGCUGGACAUCCUGGUAAACAAUGCAGGACGAUCACAGCGUGCUCUCUGGGAGGACAUUGACAUUGCUGUUGACAAGGAGAUAUUCAAGCUGAACGUGUUCAGUGUAGUGUCUCUGGCUCGACUAGCUGUGCGCUACUUCAAUGAGAAAGGUGGAGGUCACCUAGUCACCAUGUCCAGUCUAGCUGGGGUUGUCGGGGCUCCCUACUCUGGUUCCUACACGGCUACCAAACACGCAAUUAUGGGAUACUUUGACAGCUUGCGGUAUGAAAGGAUAAGUCAGAGUGGGGGGGGACAGUUAGCCAUCACUCUUCUGUGUCCAGGACCUGUCUUUAGUAAUGUCCUCAGUGAGAGCUUCACAGAGACAGCAGGCCAGAAGUUCAUGCAGCACCAGGAUCCCACGGAUAAACGUAUGACGACCGAACGUUGUGCCAAGUUGUGUGCUGUGGCCAUUGCCAACCGGUUGGAUGAGGCUUGGAUGGGGCUAUUUCCAGUAGUGCCUCUCUGCUAUGUUCUACGUUAUUAUCCCAAUAUUGCGAGAAGGUUAAUACAAAUACUUAACACCAAUUUUUUUCAGAAGAUAAGGGAUAGUAAAGUUACUGUUCCUGACAAACCAAAAACAAGUUAACCGAGUGAAGGUGAUGAAAAUAACAAGGUUUGGGGCAGUUCCAGAAACUGAGAGACAGUCGAGUCACUGUUCAAGUCCAGAGAUAGUCUACUACACCAAUUGUGUUUUAUAUUUAUUUAUUAACUUAUUAAUCUUUUUACAUAUACAGUUGUUUUUGGCACAAUUACAAAUUAUUUUAAACCAAUUAGUCAUAAAUUCUUUAAAAUAACAUUAUAGUUUAUUUACCCAUUUCUUUCAUUCAGACUGUACCAACUGAAUUAUUUUAACUGUUUGGCCACAUAUCCUGAAAUUGUGUAAAAUACAUGGCCUUUAGCUAAGGUACUCUUAAAACCUACAUAUUAGUAAAAUAAAAACUUUUCAGAGCCA